AUGAGGAGGGCGCUCCGGUGCUGCUGGGGGGGCGCCGGGCAGCCGGAGGGCGCGGGCUCCCCGUGCAGCCUCGCCCGCUACAAAGCCAUCACCAAGUGGCACCGGGCGGCCAGCGCGGGCGAUGCGGCCCGAGUGCGGAAGCUGCUGGUCCGGGGGAAGGCGGACGUGAACGCCGCGGACAGGCAUGGCCGGACGGCUCUGCAUUUUGCCUGUGCCUAUGGCCACCCAAAAGUGGUGGCUCUCCUUCUGAGAAGGGGUUGUGACAUCGAUGCUGUUGAUAGUGAUUGCAACACAGCUCUGAUGAAGGCUACCCAGUGCCAACAAGAGGACUGUGUGUGUAUUCUGCUGGAACAUGGUGCUGAUCCAAACAGGAAAGAUGCCUGUGGCAAAACUGCCCUCCAGCAGGCCGUUUCUAUGGGGAACAUAAGGAUAGCUGCUAAACUGGUGGCAUUUGGGGCCCACGUGGACAACAUCAGAAAGGAUAUCCUGUUAGAAAUUAGCAAUGCUGCCAAGGAAGAUGAACAGCGCAUGAGCAACACAUCAUUAAAGCGUGAAGAAAAUGAAGGCGAAGUUGAUGAGAUGGAAAAGAAAUGCCGAGGACAAGAGGAAAGCAACAAAGAAGAAGCUAGUGCAUCUCAUGCAAAUGUUCCAGAAGAAGACCAAGGGAACCACAAACUCCACAUGAAAACACAACUUGAAGCAGAUAUGAAGCCACCUGAUAGGGAAUUGAAUGGUUCAAAGGUAAACAUGAGUGAGGAUGAAGCCUUGGCAAUUACCACUCCUGAAAAGGAAUGUGAACACCAGAAGACAGAAGCAACAUUAAAGAAUGAAGAAAAUGAAGGCAAAGAUGAUGAGAUGGAAAAGAAAUGCCUAGAACAAGAGGAAAGCAACAAAGAAGAAGCUACUGCAUCUCAUGAAAAUGUUCCAGAAGAAGAGCAUACUAACAAACUCCACGUGAAAACACAACUUGAAGCAGAUAUGACGCCACAUGAUAUGGAACUGAAUGUUUCAAAGGUAAACGUGAGUGAGGAUGAAAAUGUGCACAUCCAAUCCUCCAAAUACGAACAGCUGGAAAAGGAAAUGCGUGUCCUCACAGAGGAGUUACAGCUCAUGAGAAGCAAAUAUGAGUCACAGACAGAAGAAAUUGCAAAGCUGACUCAUAAACUAUACAGCAUAAAACUUCAGACAAAGAAAUACAAAGAAAUCUCUAAGGUUUCUGCUGCCUCAGAGAAUCUGCACAUUGGCAAAUGUGAACAGCUGGAAGAAGAAAAUAAAUUCCUCAAAGAGCAGUUACAGUCCCUGCAAAGCAAAAAGGAUUCACUGGCUGAGGAGAAUACAAAGUUGAAGGAAGACCAAAAACAUCUUACUGAGAGUUGCAAGUGUAUCAUAGCUAUGACAGAACAGUACAGAAUAUUCCUCACACAAAAAACGGAAAGCGAAAUAAGUGAACAAGAAGAAAAAGUGUCCAACUUUAUACAGGAGCAAACCAGAGCUCGAGCAUAUCAAGACUCUGUUUGGACAUCGACAGUGCAAGCACAACAAUCUAAAAUCUCCCAGCUAUCAAGUAAACUCCUGGAAUAUGAAAGAAAGAUUAAGAGACUGGAGGAUGAAAAUUGUAAGCUUCAUCUAAGACUUCAUCUGUGUCAAUCAUCGUCUGAAACUUUUACUACCAGUAAUAUCUUAAACAACCCUACUGAAAGAAAUUCUCAGAGUUUUCUGGGACCUCAGACGCAUUUUUCAGCAAGAGAAGACUAUGCAGUUUUGAGCCCAAGACUAAGAUCUGCAUUUGAGAAGGUGGACGCCUUCCUGAGAGAACUUUAGGUCUGGCCAUUUUGGAGGACAAAUUAUAGUUGUAAGAUCAGAUGUAAGUAUUUCCCCAAAAAUAUAAUUUGGUAAGUUAUUUUAAGUCAAUAGUGCAAACUUUAUUAUUUCUAUAAAAUGUACCCACUCAUCUGCUUUGUGCUAUUAAUUUCAUUUUUACCUGAAAAGAAGC